CUGUACAGAAUACUUGUAAAAAUCACGGAGAAGUAGCGACUCAAUCUUCAGGAUUGCUACUCCAAGGUAAUACCUGCUCUCUAGUCGUGUAAGCAAAUUAAUGCGGACUGGGUCAUAUCUAGAAAGCGAAAGCAACCUUCCUGCCGUCCCUCAACAGACACUACAGGUACAGACAACGAGCCAUGUAGAAGAUGUCGAGGGCAUAGACUCAGAAAAGUGCGAUUUGUUUGGACUGGACCAUACAAUAGGCACCCAUGAGCUUGUAAUGGGCGAUAGUCACUAUCAGCUUCCCCGUCAGUUGUGCGAUGAGAGAGUUAUAGACCAAGCAACAUUGGGUCUAGGCUUAGAUGAGUCGUUUCAUGGAGAUGGUCGAGACUUACAUUCGGUUACUGAAAGCAACGCGAUUGGCAAUCACUAUAACGGCUCCACCAAUUCUCAGGACAAAAGCCAUUAUCUUACCACUGCCAAUUGUAGGGACCACGCCAAACAGCGCAGUGAUCUCUAUACAGCUGCAGAGUACGCCUUCUCUACAGAGGAUAUUGAAGAUAAUUAUCAUAAGAGACUAACAGUAGAGGAAGAAACGUCUUCCAGCAUCCCGAGUGUGGUGAAAAGAUCGUCGAAAUGCCAAAAACGAUCGCAUCGAUCUUCGGUUGAUGACACAAUAACAACCCUAGAGGCAGUGCCGAACGUUGUGCUAGAUUUAGAGCUUGAUCAUUCUCAUCCAUCGAAGCGACAAAGGAUGGCUGAGCGACAGGUACUGAGCCCUAUCAUCGAACCUACAUAUACGCCUGAACCAACACCGCUGCAUCUUUGCGACCAAGCUUCCGAUAUUAGUACUAGUGACGGCUAUAUUGCUAGUCCUCCAAGUGCUGGCCAUGAAGAAGAUUGUACCAUCAGUCUAGCCCUCCCUCUGAUUGAUUUUUGCGAUGAAGAACACCGCGACGGCACUCAUGUCCAGGGAACAGUCAAAGAGCGACGACAAGCACAAGAACACAUAGCUCUUCCCAAAGGACUGAAUCUAGGAGAAAACGUUAACCGAGGAUCCGGCAGGCGUGGGGUAAGUAGAAAAGGCAGUAGUAGCAAGAAUAGGGAGGUUUAUGGGAAGAAAUCCAGCCACAGUGAGGCGUGCGACAUUCCUCUAUCGAGAUCUUCACCGCGUAGUCACAGGGCUUGGACACCUGAUAUAGGACGCAGGCCAUCCAACACUGCUCUUAGAAAUUUGGACUACAAUGCAGUACCUACGAAGCCACCGCAACAAAUAGAGUUGAGCCAACCACAACAAGAUUCAAUAUUGGAACGAUUCGAUAUCAAUACAGAGCCACAAGCUUGCUUUCCAGGAUCGAAUCCUCCCGGCGCGACGGCUGAAGAUGUAAUUAAUGUCAACUAUAGAUCUGGAUUUAGUAUGUCUUGUCAGAUCACCGAUCUAACGCUGUGUGCUAUUCCAAAUGACUCUUCAGUCGUGUCGGUAAUAUUGCGCCAUUGCGACCCGGGUAGUUUACUCGACCUAGUAGCCCUUGGUCACAAGAUCCUCGGCGAACAAGGCAAAAUUAUCCGCAUGACCCAGUUAUCACCAGAUUCAUGGGUGCUGCUAGGAUACCGGUGUAAUAGCAGUGGUGCAGACCUCUGUAACCGCGGAGGGUCGAAGGCGAAUUGGAUGAGCAGUGCCUAUGAUGACGUUGCUAGUCAUGGAACGGACCGCUCAAAGGACGGCUAUGACGAAGAGGAUGAGAAUGAAGAAGAGGAUGCGCGAGGACACAGUAAACGGACGCACACGAAAUGGCGAAAGUCAGAAGAAUUGCUUUUACUCUCGCUAAAAGAUGAACAGGGCAUGGAGUGGGAAGAGAUAUAUCAACGCUUCCCUAACCGAUCGAAGGGUGCAGUAAAACUGCGCUACUACACAUUGAAGAAACAAUCGUAGUGUUACGCCGAUGUUCUUCAUUCUAGAUGUCUCCCAUUCAUAUUACUGUUGUGCAGCAUAGAAUUGUAUUGCUUGACAAUCUGAAGCUUCCUUGGAAUCUGUGGACGUUGUUUGCUGCUCAGUGUACAGUGAUUUUCGAUGUCGUCGCAAGAGGGAAGUCUGGAUCUUUUUAACUAUGGUCAUUCUUUGACUGACCAUACGUCAGCCCUAUGGUUCAAUCGAUCGGCGAUCUGCGUCCGGGAUUUUGAUGCAAUAAAUUUGGAAACCUUGGAAGACAGAAAACACUUAAUUUAGGGGAGCACUACGGCUCUUUCUACAUGACGUUAACUAUCUGUGAUAGAUACGUUCAUUCAUCAACGUUUAGUGUUUUUGGAACAACCAUAACUUAGGCUGCAAC